UCAGGGGAUAUGCUGGCAUUGUACGCCACUUGGAGAAGUCCCAGGAGGCCAUGAACGUCAAUGCUGUUCUGAGGGCAAAAACCAAGGGGUUCCUCAACAUAGGCAAGGAUGGUGGAGUGCUCAGGUUUUGCUGCCUUCUCCAUGACACCAUCUAUCAACUGAGCAACCUCUCCAAGUCACUGCAGAGGUCAGUGUCAACCGUGGCUGAAGCUCAGAGUUGCCUUUCCUCCACUCAGGCUGUCAUAGAAAAGUACAAGUCAAGACCUGGGCCUAAGCUGAGAGCAGUGCUGGACACAGACACCUAUGAGGGAGUCCACCUGAGGCCUACUGAUGCCGACCGGCAUGACAAGGCAAAGAAUGAGCUAAUCGAUUCUCUGUGCCGGUGCAUCACUGCUAGAUUUAGUGAUGUGAACAGUGGUGUCCUGCAGGCCAUGCGGCUGACCAGUUUCCAGUACUGGCCAGAGGCAGACACAAGUUCAGAUUUUGGUGAUGAAGAGGUAAACAAACUCAUCAGUCACUUCCGACCUCUUUUCCUGUCUGCUGGAGUGGAUGUGGAGUUGAUCCCUGAUCAAUGGACAAUUCUCAAGACUGAACUUUACACAGCAGGAUUCAGCCAAGGAAACUUUGAGCAGACCUGGCCUACUGUGAACAGAAUGCUGCGCCAUCGAUGUCUUGAUGUCCUUGAUCUUUUUGAUGCUCUCCUGACAAUCCCUGCAACUACAGCUGACUGUGAAAGAGGGUUCAGUGUUAUGAAGCAGGUAAAGAGUGACUGGCGCUCCCGCCUAAAAGGUAAAACCAUCUCUGACCUCCUUAAAACCCAGUUGUGCUCACCUGACAUCAAAGACUUUGAUCCAACCAAAGCCAUUGAGAUCUGGCAUGCUGACAGUUUGCGCUCACGCAGACCUGACUUUGUGCGCAAACAUGGACCAAAAGAAACAGAGGGUGGCUCAGAUUCUGAUGGCACCACCUCUGAAGAAGAAGAGCUCUGA